CGACUUACGGGGGAAAUGUUUUCAGAAAGCCCAUGCUCACAAGAGCGCGUGAAGUAAAUGAUUCUAAGACCAUCGCUUUAUUGUAGAUUCUAAUCCCACGGUCAUAAAAUCGUUUUUAUAGUUAAGUGCAGAUCUUCUUGUUGUAUUUCAUCAUCGUUUUCGUCUCCGUGCUUCCGAUCCGAGGUUGAUGCCGACCCCUUUUUUAUGUUUCAGUCAGUUCCACGAUAGCUGAUGAGACAGAGCCACGGUUACCGGCGAGCCUGUGAAUUAUCGCUUCGUCGGACGAAAAUACCCUUUAAUCCUGGUCUGUUCUUUCUAGUUUUUUCAAUUGCCCUAUGUCUUUCAUAAAACCCUAAUUCGUAUUCCUCUUCGUCCUCUUUUUCGCUUGGAUUUUCGGAAGACCUAACGAGAACUUAAUUGGCUGGUUUGAGGAUCCUAAACUCACUUAACCUUAUGAAUUUUAUGUACAAGGAUCAUGAUCUCUCAUGUAUGCAAUAAAUCUAGUAGUGAACUCUUAUGCAAUCACUGGUAAUCAGUUCAGUAAAUGAAGUCAGCCCUGGAUCCACUGAGGAUCAUUGGUCGUUUAGGCUAUCUGUCUAAUCAUAAUAGGUGCAGAUAAUGAUUGUGACCAAGCAGUACCGUUGUAUACACUCAGCAAGCUGUUUAUGCACAAAAGGUCACCUGAAUGAAGAUGUAAUUUUCCUAGUUUUCCAACAACUUAAUUGGAACCCUAGGUUGAUUGCCACCCUUUCUUGUGUAUGCAAAUGGUUUGAUGACAUUGCAAAGCGGGUACUGUGGAAAGAGUUCUGCUGCACACGAGCCCCCAAGAUGAUGCUUGAUCUACAAUCUAGUGGGAGUCACAAUGUGGAUGGGAACUGGAAGGCACUUGGAAAGCUGCUAAUUUACUGCUCAGGAUGCAAGAAUGGUGGCCUGUUUAAUAGUAUUCAGAUCCCUGGCCACUUUGUUUACAGGACCCGGUUUUCCAGGACAUCAGGGAAAAGCUUUCUCUUACCCCAAUGCAGAACAGAUGUUUUGUAUGUCUCUGACCCUUGUGAGCAUCUUGACCAGGGAGAGGAGGGCGAUGUGGGAUUCUUCCGGGGUGUUUUCAAGUCAUUUUCAGUGUCAAGGGUUCGGAAGAUGUUGAUAGAUAGGGAGGCAAAACUUCACCCAACAGAGGCAUGCCCAUAUUGCAAGUCAAAGUUAUGGAGCAUGGUACAGGCCAAAAUGAUACCACGGAGUGCAUGCCCAUAUUAUGUGUGCCUUAAUGGGCACAUGCUUGGGAUAUGCACUCUCCUACCCCUGUCUGAUUCAGAGGAAGCUUCUGAGUUGGAGUGAUUGUUCGAACAAGACAAUGAUAUGUGUUAUUUUAAGUUUGGAAUAUCUUUCUAGUGCAAUGGAACCUACUUGGAAAUUGGCAAGAGAAAACUGUAAAAAGCUGUUAUGUGAACUCAUUGUCAGCAAGGCAGAUGGCAUUUUUCCCCAAGCUAAGGGCAUUGUGCUGCCAAAUCUUUCUGUAAAAACAUAAUACUUCGAAUUAAAGGGUCAAUGUUGUUGCUGACCUUCUCUUCCCGUUGUCAAAUAUUUACCCUAUGUUACUAUGAACCCUGUAAUCUUUUGUACAUUGUAAGUUCCUUAAAUAUGUAUUUGACUUGUAGUUUGUUGUUCAGACUACACUACACAUUAAUUUGAACAUACCAUUUCUAAUGUCAA